CUUGUAGUGGGAUCUGCUUGUCGUGUUCUUUACAAGAAUUUACACCAAAGCUGAUUUAUCAGAGAAAUUUGUAUCUUCGGGGAGCUUUGUUUUCGAACCCUUUCAGUGAUUAGUGAUCUCUAGAACUUUGAAGGAGAAAGUGCAGACCAAGUGUUUGAUGAAAUUCCUCAGAGAAGAAUGAUUUCGAUACUCAGAUCAAACGGGUUUCCGUUAACUACAAAACUGACACGCUAUUUAUGCUCUCACCACUUAGUAGACAAUGCAUCAACGGAGUUGCAGGAAGUUAUUCAGAUUGUUUCUUCCCACAUUGGUGGUCUUGAUGACCUCGAAGAAAACUUGAACAAAGUUUCAGUCUCUCCAUCACCAAACUUCGUUACCCAAGUGAUUGACUCAUGCAAGAACGAGACUUCACCGAGAAGGCUGUUGAGAUUCUUCUCCUGGUCUUGUAAACACCUUGGUUCCAGCUUAGAAGACAAGGAGUUCAACCAUGUCCUAAGAGUUUUGGCUGAGAAGAAAGAUUACACAGCUAUUCAGAUACUUUUAUCAGAUCUCAGGAAGGAGAAUAGGGUCAUGGAUAAGCAAACGUUUAGCCUCGUUGCUGAAACUCUGGUUAAGAUUGGUAAAGAAGAUGAUGCAAUAGGUAUCUUCAAGAUAUUGGACAAGUUCUCUUGCCCACGAGAUAGCUUCACAGUGACUGCUAUUAUAAGCGCGCUCUGUUCAAGAGGACAUGUGAAGAGAGCAUUGGGAGUUAUGCAUCACCACAAGGAGUUGGUAUCUGGUAAUGAAUUGUCUGUGUAUAGAAGUCUUUUAUUCGGUUGGUCGGUUCAAAGAAACGUGAAGGAGGCGAGAAGAGUGAUACAAGAUAUGAAAUCAGCAGGGAUUGCUCCUGAUUUGUUCUGUUACAACGCAAUGCUUACUUGCCUAUGCGAACGAAACGUGGCACGUAACCCUUCUGGUCUUGUCCCUGAGGCUUUGAACGUUAUGUUGGAGAUGAGGUCUUAUAAAGUGCAACCAACGUCUCUUAGUUACAACGUAUUGCUUUCUUGCUUGGGGAGGACGAGGAGGGUGAGAGAGUCUUGUCAGAUUCUUGAACAGAUGAAGAGAACAGGGUGUGAUCCGGAUACAGCGAGCUAUUACUUUGUUGUGAGGGUUUUGUAUCUGACAGGGAGGUUUGGUAAAGGCAACCAAAUGGUGGAUGAGAUGAUUGAGAGAGGGCUGAGACCUGAACGCAGAUUCUAUUAUGAUCUGAUUGGUGUUCUUUGUGGUGUCAAGAGGGUGAAUUUCGCGCUUCAGUUGUUUGAGAAGAUGAAGAGGACGAGCUCUGUGGGUGGUUAUGGUCAGGUUUAUGAUCUGCUCAUAACAAAGUUGUGUAAAGGAGGAGAGUUUGAGAAAGGAAGGGAGCUUUGGGAAGAGGCAAUGUCACUUGGUGUUACGCUUAGUUGCUCUAAGGACUUGCUUGAUCCUAGUGUGACAGAGGUUUUCAAACCCGUGAAGAAGAGAGAAGAGGCUGCAUUGGUGGAUCCUCGUGCGCUUAACUUAAAGAUUCGUCCGAAGAUGAAUAGAGCCAAGCCGAAACUGAAACCAAAACCGAAACGCAGGAGCAAGACCAAGAAGAACAUAUGAUCUAAGAGCAACGUAUGUAUCACAAGAAAAAACUCAGGUAACUUUUUUUUUGCUUUUAAUGAAAUAACAAUGCAGAAACAUUGAGUAGUAGACUGUAGAUUCGUCUGCUCUUCACGACAAGAAUCUAUGUGUGAUCUUUCUCUCGUUGAUUCUUACUAUUGAAACUUAUAAGUUCUCAGCUACUACAUAAGCUUUAAUCAGUUCUUGU